AGAUUUUCCGUCAGAAGGCGACGCUAGGGCUCUUGCGUCUCACCGUUGCCAUAACGACUGAGCCUCCGGUCCACAGAUCCUCGCUGCCUCGUCAACAUCUUUGAGCAUCGGCAGCUCUGGAGGCCGGGCAGGUAGGAAACUAUGUGAAAGAAUCUUCUGAUGUCACAAUUUCUGGGUGUCACUGGAACAUUUGAUCAUCUUUCCUUUGGCAAUUCCAGCCUUCUCUGAAAGGUCAGUAGAAGCAAUUGAUUUAUUGACCUCUACAGGAAUCAUACUCGGCCUAUUUUGGUUUUCGGUGAAUUAUGCCUUUUCGGCUUGGGACCCAGCCAAGGAGAUUUCCAGUAGAAGGGGGAGAUUCUUCUAUUGGACUGGAAGUUGGGCUGAGCUCCAGUGCUGCCUGUAACGGGAAAGAGAUGUUGCCAACCAGGCAACUCCGAAGAUGCCCUGGAAGUCAUUGCCUGACAAUAACUGAUGUUCCCAUCACUGUCUAUGCAACAAUGCGAAAGCCACCUGCACAAAGCAGCAAGGAAAUGCAUCCCAAAUAGCAUCAUUAAGUCUUUAGUAGAGGUUUGACUAGGUCAAGGGUAAUGGGCCGGUAUCAUCUUAUGAUCUGGUAAACAAAUAAAAGUGGUGGCACCUUUGGAUGA